AUGCCUCAGGGAGAGCAGGUCGUCAGGAUGGACACCCCACCUCCUGAAGAGCUCCCAGACAAGGGACGGGAAAGCUUGAGAAACCAGGAAGAAGAAAUGGAGUUUAAGGAACUGGACGGGCUAAGGGAAGCCCUGGCAAACCUGCGGGGCUUGUCGGAGGAGGAGAAGAGCGAGAAGGCGAUGCUUUGCUCUCGUAUCCAGGAGCAGUCCCAGCUCAUCUGCAUCCUGAAGCGGAGGUCUGAUGAGGCGCUGGAGCGCUGCCAGAUCCUGGAGCUGCUCAACACGGAACUGGAAGAAGAGAAGGAACAGGAGGCGGAGAAGCUGAAGGCCCAGCGGCAGCAUGUCCGGAAGCUGGAGGAACGUUUUAUGACCCUGGCAGCCAACCACGAGUUGAUGAUCCGUUUCAAGGAUGAGCACAAGAGUCAAAAUGUCAAGCUCAAGGAAGAGAAUGAGAAGCUGAGGCUGGAGAACAACAACCUCUUCAGCCAGGCUCUGAAGGACAAGGAGGCGCAAGUGCUGCAGCUCACUGCCCUGAGUGAGGACCUCACCAAAGAAGUGGAGGCUCUGAAGCAGAGGUGUGCUCAGGGUGCCUGCCAGGCACAGGCCCGGGAGAAGGAGUUGCUGGAGCUACAGACCCAGCAGGCCCGCACCCACGCCAAGGAGGCAGAACAGCUGAGGGGCCAGCUGCAGAAUCUCAAGCAGCAACACCAGCAGGCCUUAGAGCAGAUGGCCAAGGCAGAGGAGACGCACACUAGCCUGAGCCAGGAGCUGCAGACCCGUUUGCACACCGUGUCUCGAGAGAAGGAGGAGCUGCUGCAACUGUCCAUGGAGAGAGGCAAAGUGCUUCAGAGCAAGCAGGCCGAGAUCCGCCAGCUCGAGGAGAAGCUGGAGACAGCAGACAUGGCCAGGAAGCGCGCACUCGAGAGGUUUGAGCAAGAGGCAGUGGCCGUGAACAGCGAUUUGAGAGUCCGGGAGCUCCAACGCCAGGUGGAAGGGAUCCAGAAAGCCUAUGACAACCUCAGGCUGCAGUCUGAAGCCUUCAAAAAACACAGCCUGGAUCUUCUAGGCAAGGAGCGAGAGCUGAAUGCCAAACUCCGUCAUCUCUUUCCCUAAGGAAGCUACUGUUUUCCCUGACCGCCAGUUGAGAAUGCAUUUACAUGUGCCUUAGCUUUAUGGAGAGAGUGAAGAAAGGGAAGCAUUCAUUAUACUUUGAAGCACAAAAGACAACUCAUAGAAAAGCUACUUUACUGAGACAUUGUCAUUGUUGAGCUAAUGUUCAGAUCUACCUGCCACCUAGAAUAUACAAAAUUUCCCAAAUUUCCUUCUGUGCCUUUGAAAUCUUCCUAAAUUUACCACCAAUAUCUCACCCAUUCUGUUACUUAUUCAUUUUCAAUAUCAGAUAUCCUUGUAUAGACUAAGAUUUUAAAUUAGCAGUUUCUAUGAUUUAAGUGAGUUUAAAAUGUGCAAGGAAAGAUGGUCUGGUGAAAAAAAAUUAAUGCAAUUAAACUUCUUAGGUAAGUGGGCUAAUAGUCUUCCAUAGUUAAUACGAUCAACAAGCAGAUAGCAGCAUAAUAAUAGAAUGGAUGCUUUGCAGGAAAAAAAAAGUCUUAUGCUACUUUGGAAAGCAAAGAUCAAGUUCUCUAUUGAACUAGACCAACUUAGUAAUACUCAUUCUGUAAAAUUCAAGCAAAUCAACCCAUUUUAUUUUUUCCUGCAGAUUUAGACCACAUUCCAUUUCCCUGGUUUCUCCUCAAUUAAGACAAGAUUUAGAUUUGCAUAAU